AUGUUGCAGGACCUGCCCGGGGUCGAUGAGCCUAUGUCGACCACUCCGGACAAUCCUUUGCGAUCUCAAUCGCCGUCCGCUAUGGACGAGGAUGUUCCGCAGACUGCUAAGCCUGGCGUCAGUCCGGGCCCAAGCCGCCAGCCUGAUCCCAGCCGUCAGGGUGGUCAGACGAGUGCUGGUGAUCCUGCCAACAAAGGUGGUCUGGGCGAUGCAGCUAAUCCGAGUGGUGCGAUCAAUCCCACUACGGAAACUGGUCUGCCUGGCAAGGGUGGUUCUGCUCUCGAAAGCGACCUAGGCAGUGCCUCCCGUCCUGUCGAGAGCGAUAGUCCAAUGGCUGGCGCGACCAGUGCCUCUAGUGCAAAUCCUCAGAGUAGUUCGUCUGCUGCACCCAGUCAGGCCGGCGAGGGCAGUCAGGUGGGCGAAGUUGGGGAUGGUGCUCAGCCUGGUCAAACUGCAGCUGCUCAAGGACAGCAGAUCAAGAACCGGAUCGUGAUUGAGCUUCCGACGUAUGCCGAGAUUGUCAGGCAGAAGCAGGCGAAGCGAUCGUCCGCGCCAUCGCGUGCACCAAAGGUAGCGAAAAGCGUGGAAAAGCAAAAUAAAGAUCGAGAAGAGACACCGAUUGAGGCCGUAACGUUCGAGCAAGCCAUGGAGAACGUAGAAGAACCUGAAGACCCUGCGGCGCAGAUUGAUAAGAUCUUGAAGGCAGAUACUGAGGACAAGGCGUCGAAGGCCCUCAUCGGCUUUGGUAUCGCCAAUAUCUUUGACGACAUCUACAAGCGAAAGCCAGGCAAUCGCGAUCCCCCUGCUUUAUCUCUCGAGAAGAUGAAGCUGCUGGCAAAAGCCGGCCUCUUCAAUACGAUGGAGAAAGAGACGCCAUUUAUCAUCGUUGCGAAGAGGGCCUCCGUUGAUACUCGGCCAAGCCUCACGUUUGGUGAACUCAUCACGGAGGACCUACCAGAUGAGCAUAGCAGCCUCUACAAGAAGCUUGGCCAGGUGUAUGCGGCGGUAUAUGAUGAUGAUGUGCUCCAGACGAUGCCUGAGGUCCGCCACAGUCUUGGCAACAAUAACAAAGUCACCCCAGUUCCGGAUACGCCGGAGCACACCCUGCUCAACCUGCUUCUCUUUGUAGCCGACGAACUCGUGCAGGCCAGGUCCACUGUCCACACCGACGCCGAAGCGCAGGCUGCACGUAAAACUGCGUUGCUCAAAGUCGUCAAUGCAGUUGAUGUUGGCAACUACGUUUCUCAUAUCAAGGAUCUCAUCAACACCCAGCUGCAUGUCAUUACUGCGUUUUGCGAGCUUGGUACUAUCCCUCUGAUCAGAAACUCGAAGGAGGCGCGGGCGAUGGUCUGCAAUCCUGGGCGGCUCUUAUCAUUUGCUAGCAGUGGCUACGAGCUUCUGGUCGUCAUCAUCACCACUUGGAGUACAGAGCUAGAGGAGGCCCGAAGGCACGGUCAACAGAACUUCUCACCCGUGUUCUUUGAUCUUGCUUCUGCCCUCAUACGGUGGUCGGACGUCCAAGAGCACAGUCUUACCCCAGCGGAGCAGUUCGUCUUUGGCCACAUGGUCGCGCUGUCGGAGAAGGCUGCAGCACUCUGCCUGAAAGAGUAUCUCGUGCAAGGAUCGCACAAGCUCAGCCUCUUGUCGUGGACUGGCUAUACAGCCACGACCGCCAAAGUGGCCGCAGAUAUGGACAGGUAUUACGAUCACAUCCUGGCAGAGCUCCAACCGGCACUUGAGCAUGAUCCCCAAUACACCGUAAUUGGGAUCAAAGCCAAUCAGGUGCACGACCGACUGUCCUUUGUAAGAAGGGCAGUUGCUCGGAAGGAGAAUGCGCUUUCGCCCUUAUCGUGGCAGGCUCGGGUGCCUCUGUUCAGUCCAUCGAUAUUUGGAGCUCUGGUCUCCCGUUUGCCGAAGCUGGACGACCUCAUACUUUGGAUUUACGAAUAUAUCCUGCGCAACUACAAGAGUCUCUCGGCUAACGCAAUGCUGAGCCGUAUUUCAGCAUCUCUGGUGAAGAAGAAUAUGGUCAUGCCACCAGAUCUUUCAUCUAUCCAUCUCUGCACGGCUGGCUUUAUUGAGGCCUGGACUGACCAUAUUAUCAACACUCAGCAUCGUCACAAGCAGGACAUCACGAUCGACAUGGAGGUCACGCCAGCUGAAAGCAUACUGGCAGACAUCAAAACCGUCUUUGCUCUUGGCAAGGAGGUUUUGCGAAAGGCAAAGAAAUCGCACACCGAGUACAAGGAGGGUGACGACCUACCUCUGGAGGUACUUGACCAGGCCAAGUUCAUCACUUCUCAUGUGUUGAACCGGUCACUGUCGGACCCACUCAACAAGUUGGGGGUCCCUAGUGCCCGCAAUGGUCACAUCGGCAAUGUCUCGCUGGCCUGCACAUAUUCGGUCUAUCAUCUUCUUGUUGCUCCGCCGCAAACUGGGAAAGAGGUUGCGAUGUCUGCCCGUACGCUCUUCGAGGCCCAUCCUGCACUUGUGAACCUCCAUACGUUCAUCAUCAAGUGUCUUUCUAGCGACGAUGUUCUGGGUGGCGACUUCCAGUUCUGGCAUCUGAUCUGGUUUAGGAAGAACAACACAAAGAGCCAGCCCACCCACCCCGGAGAAGCCGCUCUCCCGUGGGCGAACAGCACCCGCCAGCAGCAGGUGAAGAUGGUGAUCCUUUGCGUGGAGAGGAUGCCCAGCCCAAUGUCGCCGAUGGAGCUGGACGAACAGCUGGCAGGGCAGCCAGAGGAGCGGCAGGAGGAGCAGCCGCCUACACAGGCCGACGACGAGCCACCUGCCCAGCUGGAUGACGACGUCUCCAAGCAGCAGGAGGAUCAGCCUCCCUCGCAGCAGGAGGACCAGCCUCCCUCGCAGCCAGACGAUCAGCUAGACACCCAGCAUGACGAGCCACGUACCGCGCAACCGGAACAGCAGCCUGAGCAGUCCACAACUCAGGAGGCAAUUAAAACGGUCCAGCAACAGGUACAGCAUGCUGCUCAGUUGUUUGCUGAUCCGUGGACAUGGGAAGAAGGCGGUGAUGUGGUAGAUGAAGACAGGGAAGCCAUCGACAACAAGGUGUACAAGAGCCUGAAGGAGUUGUGGAAGGAGACCAACCGCCACAUGCGAGCGGUGUUCAUCAGCAAGAAUGCACCGCUCACUUGUAGCCAGUGGGACAAGGAGACGGAGAAAUACCAGAAGCAGCCAAACUGGUAUAAGGUGAAGGAUGUUAUAGAUGCGUACAAGGCACAACUCCAGUCUAUCCUCGACUUUGAGAGCGGAACGAGCUGGACGGUCGAGAGCUUCACCAAGGAGCACAAGCUGGAGCUUCAGGAGCCCACGGCUGCGGACUUUGCAAAGGUGGAUCAGGCGCUUCGGGAGGCAGCUAAAGGUGUCCGUGCAGGAAAGAAGCGCAAGGCGCCACCCCGGAAGCGAGCCAAAGGCAAAGGCAAGAAGGCCGAGGAGAGUACGGACGAUGAGAUGGACGUCGAUGAGGAUAGCGAGGAGAAGGAGGAGGAAGAGGAGGAGGAGGAGGAGGAGGAGAUGAGAGACGUCAUCCGCCAGACCAAGCGUCCUCGCCGGCGUGCUCCUCGCAAGGCUGUAAUGGUGAACGACGAUGACGAGCGCAUGAGUCCUGAGACGGAGGACUCGACAUAG